UCCAACGACGGCACAAACUGGGUAUUCAAUCCUCCUGGGGCUCCUCACUUUGGUGGCAAGUGGGAAGCAGCAGUGAAAUCGCUAAAAUUCCAUCUUUCAAGAGUUAUUGGUGAAACUUUACUCACUUAUGAAGAAAUGACAACGUUCCUUCAUCAAGUAGAAGCCAUUUUGAACUCGAGACCACUCGCUCCGCUCUCUGAGGAUCCUGCAGACCUGUCAGCGUUAACUCCAGGUCAUUUUCUUAUCGGUGAGGCACUAAAUGCUGUUCCAGAACCUUCGCUGAGUGAACUCGCUGAGUCAAGACUCUCAAAGUGGCAACUUAUACAACAACGAACAGAACAUUUCUGGAAAAGAUGGUCCGCUGAGUGUCUACAACGCUACCAGGCCAUAUCAAAGUGGCAUCACGCUUCAAACGAGGUGAAAGUCGGCUCGCUUGUGCUCAUCACUGACGAAAGGCUACCACCAACAAAAUGGCCCCUCGCUCGAGUUCUCUCUCUUCAUCCUGGACGAGAUGGACUGACCAGAGUGGUUACUAUUCGUUCCGCUACCUCUACUCUGACCAGACCAAUCGCUAAAUUGUGUGUGCUACCAGUCGACGCCUUUGAAGAACCUUUUGUCAACGCUGUCGCCAAAGGGGGGGAGAAUGUUAAGAAAUUAGCGUGA